AUUAUUUAGUUAUUAAGAAUGGCCAAUAAUCACACAGUCACGAGGGUCCUUCAAGUACAUGAGGAGGCAGCGCCAGCAGUGCAUAUACCCGUUUUGGUGGGUAAUGAGGUGUUUGUGAUUGUACAGCAGGACAUCAGACGGACGGAGGAUAUACGUCAAUUGAGCUACAAUCAAGUGCUUCCCAUUCAACCCAAUCAUCCCAUUUUUCCCAUUUUCAAUCAACUUAAUGGUAAUGUUUUUGGCAGUAGCGCACCAGCUAAUCAGCUUUCCGCCCUGCAAGCUUUACUUUUGGCCAGCCAGGCCCAGAAUACUUCCACUUUUCCAACUAGUCCACCUUGUCAGGACGUUGAAAUGCAAUCGAAUCCCUUGAAAAUGGUGGCAGACGUAUCUAACCAACUGCUUUGGUCCAAGCAGCCCAACUCCAAUUCACCUUAUCUGAUCAAUUACAGCACUUCAACGUCGACCACUGGACUCCGAGGCUUCAAACCGAUCAAGCGUAUCCCGAAGCGGAGUGCAGUUAAAAGAGAUGGUAGUUGCCAAACGUGGGUAAAGUCUACUGCAACGGACACAGGGUCACAAACCACCCCGCCGCCAACUACCACGGUGGAAAUAAAGGAUGUAAAACAAACUCAAUCCAAGGGAUGCCUGCCGUCCAGUCCCAACACACAACUGCAGGAGAAAAAAUCUGAGAAAUCUAUGCCCAAGCGACCCAGCUUAUGCAAAGUCAAAUCCAAAUCC